AUGACUACUAAAUUGCUGUUGUUGCUUGCUCUCUGUGUUCUCCCUGCGCUCGUCAAUGCAGGCGGGGAACCUUUCCGCAUUGUCGGUAAAGUUUACUGUGAUGCCUGUCGUGCUGGCUUUGAGACAUCUAAAUGCUCUUACAUACCUGGUGCAAGGGUUGAAAUCAAGUGCUACGACAGGACCACGUUAAGUCUGAAAUUCAGCGUUGGGGAAGUGACUGACUCAACUGGAACAUAUGACAUUUUGGUCGAAGAUGACCACCAAGACCAAAUAUGCUAUGCCACACUUGUUAGCAGCCCCAUUCCAAGCUGCAGAAAUGCGGAUCCUGGACGUAACAAGGCUACUGUCAUUCUCACCCGAAGCAAUGGUGUCAUUUCCAACCUUCAUUAUGCAAACGCAAUGGGAUUCCUCCAGGAUGAGGCAGCGGCUGGCUGCCAAGAAUUGCUCCAGAAGUUAUUGCAGGAUGAUGCAUAG